AUGUCGCUCGCGCCUCUCCGAACGCUUCGUCCAGUAGUCGCACGGGUAACAUGGGCGUCUCUAAUCGUCGCUCUGCUCGCACACGCCGCAUCCGUUGAAGGAUCGGCUGAUGCGGAGGCAGGCAGUGGAGGAAUGGGUGCGAGCGGGAUCGAGACGGGAAGCAGCAACGUGUGGGUGGUGCUGGUGGGAUCGUCGCGAAACUGGCUGAACUAUCGAGACAACGCCAACACCCUCGCACUCUACAGGAGUGUGCGCGAUUUGGGCGUCUCAGACGAGCGAAUCAUCCUGAUGCUGGCAGACAACAUGCCCUGCAACCCCCGCAACCCCCACCCCGGCCGGGUCUUCCACAGCCCCGACCACCGCCUGAACCUCUACGGGGAGCACGUGGAGCACGUGGAGGUGAGGGGUGGGGGUAGUAGUAUUGGGGGUGGUAACAUUGGUAAUGCUGGUGGUGCAUGCCUGUCUUCCACAGCCCUGACCAUCGCCGCAACCUCUAUGGCGAGCACGUGGAGCCCCAACCACCGCCUGGACCUCUAUGGGGAGCACGUGGAGGUGGGCUACCGUGGGGCCGAGGUGGACUACCGCGGGGCUGAGGUGACAGUCGAUGCGUUCCUGCGCCUGCUCACCGGGCGGCACGAUUCGUCUGUUCCGCGUAGCAAGCGGCUUCUCUCGGACGGCAGCAGCCGCAUCCUCAUCUACCUCACGGGCCACGGGGGAGACAAGUUCCUCAAAUUCCGUGAUAAGGAGGAGCUUCAGGCUCAGGAUUUGGCCGACGCCUUUCACCACAUGCACCAGCAGCACAGGUGGGUGGGUCGUCCCUCGCUGUUCGUGCGUUCCUCCCGGCUCUCACAUAACCAGCAGUACCAUUCAAUCCUUCUCAUGAUCGACACAUGCCAGGCGCAAACUCUCUACUCCGAGGCGCAAACCCACUACUCCGAGAUCUACUCCCCCGGCAUCGUCUCUGUCGCCAGCAGUGCCAAGGGCGAGAUGUCCUACUCCUACCUACCUGACCUCGAUCUGGGAGUCACAGUGGUGGAUCUCUUCACAUACCACACGCUGCAGUUUCUGCAUCAAAUCAAUGCUCGCUCCAACGUCUCUCUCGCCAGUCUCUUUGAGUCGUACGAUCCACGGUUCCUCAUGUCCACUCCGGGCUACCGCAGCGUCAACUUCCCCUCGCCUCUCCACCAGGUGCCAGUCACUGACUAUGUCGCCUCAGUCAUGCCUGUCCAGAUAACACCUGCCCCGUACCCUCUCUCUUCCACCAACAUACCCCCGACCGAAGCGAUCAAGGCAGAGAGUGUAGGAGGAGCAGAAAGCUGUGCAGCAGAGGGAGGAGGUGAUGGAAGGGGUGGUGUGAGGGAGGGGAACGGUGGGGCAGAGGAAGCAAGGCGUGGGAAGGGCUUGGAGAGGGGAAUGGACUGGACGCUGGACAGUGAGUCUUUUUCUGAGUCGACUAAAAAAAAGGACUGGACGCUGGACAGUGCUGUGAUGUGGUUUGGGGACCGUAAGCAUGAAGAGGUGUUUGCGAGUCAUUCCCAAGUGGGCGGGUGGGCACUGAUGGGAUUAUCAGUUCUGACCCUUGUUGGAGCUGUGUGGGGCCCAUGGCGUAAUAUGGGCAUGGCAUGA